AUGGCCACUCUCGACACCCUGAAGCAAAGCCUUAGGCAGGCAGCGAGUGCGACAGCAUCGCACGCAACGCAGCCGUUGUCCCACGUGCAGUACAGUGCCGGUUUCGACGUCUUUAUGCAAGGCGCGGAAUCGACGACAUACCAUAACUUCAUUGUCCCUCAACUCUCUUCGCUCCUAGACCGUUUACUGAAAUCGCGGGGCCAUAUCUCGGUGCUAGAAAUUGGACCCGGCCCAAAGAGCGUUUUUGGAUACUUGCCCUAUUAUAUCAGGCGCAAAGUAAGGAGAUAUGUUGCGUUCGAGCCUAACGACUUGUUUGCCAUCAGGCUAGAUGAAUGGCUUCACCCCACCUCAGGUACAAAGCCACCUCUACCAUGUCUGGAACGCCGCCCCGAUAUCCAUCACAUGCCGUUCGCACCAGACAACGACAACAAAAACACAAGGGGCGGUACCAGCUUCGGAACAAGUGAUGGUGGGAAGUUCGAUAUCGUCAUGUUCUGCCAUAGCAUGUACGGCAUGAAACCUAAACGCAGAUUUAUCGAACAAGCACUGAAAUCACUUGACGAACACCCAGAACCGGGAAUAGUGGUAGUAUUCCAUCGUGACAGCGACUUGAACCUUGACGGCUUGGUGUGUCAUCACACGGCGUCUUUCCCCACCGGGGUCGUUCGGGUAGCAACCGACGAUGAGACACUGGACCGAUUUAGUUCUUUCAUCGCGGGCUUUGCCUUCCGAGAUGCGAAAAUGGACCAAGCUAUUCGGGGCGAAUGGCGUAAGCUGUGCCACGCACUUGGUCGUCGCGAAAAAGUAUACCCCGACCAUCUCUUGUUCAGUUCGCCCAACGUCAUGAUAACUUUUACCAAACAUGCAAUUGCAUUGCCGGACUUGAUGGCGCAGAUGCCAUUGGCGAAUGAAGACAGGAGAAUUAAAAACCAGGAGGCCCGCCUCCACCGUCCCGCAUCGAUUGUUAAGCCGACACGGAUUCAGCACAUCCAGCAGUGCGUGAAAUGGGCCCUUGAACAAAACGUUGGCGUUACUGUCAUAGGCGGAAGCCAUAGCGGCCAGUGUCUUUGGCCCAACGUCGUCGCCAUUGACAUGAGUGCUUUUGAUCAAGUACACACGGUAGUAGCUGAGAGUGAGGGAGGACAAACCAAUCUCGAUCCUAAGUCCCUGGUUGUCGCGGAGGCUGGCUGUAAUGCCGGAGAGAUUAUCCGCAAGACAAUGGCAGUAGGCUUAACAGUACCGCUGGGAGCCCGCCCCAGUGUAGGCUCAGGGCUAUGGCUGCAGGGCGGUAUUGGACACUUGGCCAGAUUGCAUGGACUUGCGUGCGACGCUAUCGUGGGCGCCGUGAUGGUCAGCGUUGCCUCUGGUCAAGUACUAGCCGUCGGUCGCGUGCCGAACAAAUAUCGACCAGCCGAUGCAGUGCAGUCAGAAGUUGAAAGUGAUUUGUUAUGGGCUUUGAAAGGCGCAGGCACAAACUUUGGCAUCGUUGUCAGCGUUGUCUUUGAAACUCAUGCGGCCCGAACAUAUUCCGUCCGAAACUGGAGCAUCCCCCUGAAAGGCGAUCAUGAAGCGCAGCUCAAGCUUCACGAAUUUGAUCAAUGUACCAGGACGCUCCCUGGACACUGUUCUGCGGAUGCUUAUUUGUAUUCGAACAACGCGCAGAUGCAUCUUGGCGUUACGUUGAUCGAAUCUGCUACGACCAAAGUGCCUCCCCAAUCGCAUACGCUCAUAGGCUCAGCACUGGGACCGGAGGAUACUCUCAAGACCGUUGAUGGCGUCGGCCUAUUCGAAACUGAGUUGUACAUAUCCGGGGGUGGGGCUGUCAGCGAUGUGGCCGAUCAUGCUACCGCUUUCGGGUGUCGAGACUGGGACUUUGCCUGCGUGAUAACUGCUGUCUGGUCUCGUGACCAAGGCGGGACUGAAGUUGCUCUGAGUGCCAUGCAAUGGGUGUAUAGCGUCGCCAGUGACUUAUUGCCCUUGAGCAGCGGGGCUUACGGUGCUGACCUCGGGCCAGACCCUAGAGACGCGGCGCUGGCGGCCAAGGCCUUCGGACCGAACGGACCGCGGCUGGCCUGGCUCAAGCAGAGCCUAGACCCGCGCAACGUUCUGGCGUACGCCUGUCCGCUCCCGAAACCGCCAAUGAAACAGAAGCUAAUUAUUCUUGCUACGGGAGAAAGCGGCGUUGGGAAAGACUACUGCGCUGAUGUUUGGGUCUCCAUGUUUACUAGAUGUGCCGACACACACUGCAAAGCACGCAAGGUGAGCAUCAGCGAUGCCACCAAGCGAGAGUACGCAGCAGCUACUGGCGCAGACUUGGAUGCUCUGUUGGGCGAUCGCACUUACAAGGAACAACAUAGGCUAGCAUUGACAGCAUUCUUCAAGGAACAGAUGCGUCAGCAACCUCGACUGCCCGUGAAGCACUUCCUGAAUGCGGUGUCCGACGCUGCAGAUAUGGAUGUACUAGUAAUCACUGGGAUGAGAGAUGAGGCGCCGACUGCAACGUUGUCGCAUUUAGUUCCAAACAGCAGAUUGCUUGACAUUCGUGUCACAGCUAGCGAAGAGACGAGACAAGCUCGCCGGAAGUGCCCUGUCAAUGAUAAUAAUCAACAUGACAACCAUUGCAAGAAUGAACAUUGUGGCAGCAAUGGUAGUAAUUCCGAGUCGAAUUCGACCACAUUGGACUAUCGCCAUAGUCUCGUCUUUGACAAUGAAGCAACUGGGGAUGCCAUGGCCAGAAGGUUUGCGGAUAAAUACCUCCUUCCCCUCAUUCAUAAGGACUUGGAGCGACUAGCUAAUAUGGUGGUCCCUGUGCCUGAUUACCCACGCCCAGGGAUCGAGUUCCGACAUGUACUCAACAUCGCCCAGCAGCAGGGCGGUUUGGCUUUGUGCACUUCUCUGCUACGAACCCAGUUCAAAGGUGACUGGGGUAAAAUUGGUGCCGUAGCCUGUUGCGAAGCGGGAGGCUUCGUGUAUGCAUCGGCGUUGGCUCAGCAAGUUGACGUCCCCUUGGCGCUGAUCCGCGAAACUGGGAAGCUUCCCCCACCCACCAUUUUUGUCGAAAAGCCUUUGUCGCAUAUCUCGGGCUCAAGAUCUGAUGAUUCAAGAGGGAAGAGAAUUGAAAUGAGUCAGGAUGUGAUUCCUAGGGGCUCAUCGGUGGUGGUGAUAGACGAUGUACUUGCCACGGGAAAGACACUUUGUGCAGUGCUUCAACUGUUGGCUAAAGCAGGCAUUAGUAACGAGAAUAUCAGCAUCAUGGUCGUAGCUGAAUUUCCAGCUCACCACGGCCGGGAACUCCUGUAUCAUCGUGGCUUUGGUGGUAUCAGUAUUGAAAGCCUCUUAGUUUUUCAAGGGGUCUAG